AUACCUAACAAAAAGAUAUACAAUAUUAUAUAUAUCAAGAAGUGUGUUUAACAACAAAAGUAACAUGAUCGACGCCGAGAAUCCAGUUUUAUGAAAAUCCAAAUCCGUACGUACCUAAACGUACAUUUCUUUAAAACCUCUCCAUAGCAAAUUCAAAGCAAUACCUCACAGUGAAAUAACCAUGGAGGAACACAAACCAGAUAUCCUCUCGUGCCUACCGCUAGAGCUUCUACUCUACAUCAUCAGCUUCCUCCCUUUCGAAUCCGCAAGACUAACCCCUUUGGUCUCCACACGGUUUAGGUCCGUUUGGAACCAAGCCAUACUCGUCGCUCACAGCCACAACGGCUCCAUCGAAGACAUAUCUCAUGCUGUCUCUCGCUUCAUCAACAACUUCGAUGAGCAUGAUCCUUCUAAAAACACUCGGAAGCUGGAGUUACACGUUGACAAGUCAACCUUCGUGUCCACUAUUCUCGCACCUCAUAACGUCAUGCAUAUGAGCUUCUUCUUCUCCGGUGGUUCUAAGAAAGAAGAGAGCUUUUGCUGGCGUCUUGAGAUCGACGAUCAGAUCCCAAGACGUGUGGACUCAAGCGGUUUCUUGGUGAAGACGCUUUGUUUAGACUCCGUUAAUUCCUUAACCCAUGAGGUUGUUUCCUCAAUGGUUUUGGAAUUUUCUUUACUUGACAGCCUCAAGAUUUGUCGUUGUAAGAGAUUGACUUCUCUCACUAUUGAUUCACCAACUAAGCUUCUUCACUUGUCCAUCUCGGGAUGCCCGAAGCUGAGAUACCUCGAGAUCAUAUCAUUUAAGCUUAAAACUUUUCAUUACCAAGGAUCUCUACCUUUGAUCAAGAUUCAUGAACAUUUCAACUUGACCAAGGCGGUUUUCGAUGUAACACAAGGCCCAAGCUAUUACAACAACGCGUUAGACAUCGGUCCUCUCUCGCUGACCAUCAAGAAUUCUCAAUCUCUUACACUAUGCAGAUGGAUGUUCGAGGAAGUAAUCAAACCGUCCAUAUCAUCAUCUUGGAGAUCAUUCCAAUUCUACAAGUUACAAGAAUUGCGGUGGAUCGAUAACUCGAUGAACCAAGAACAAAUUAAUUCUUUGAUCUCUUUUCUCAAACUUUGUCCAUCAAUAGAGCGCCUCUUCAUUACUAUCGAUUCAAAUACUUAUAGUUCAAACGAAGAAGUUAGUGUUAAUGCUGACCAUGCAAGAGUAGUACUAAGGGAUCUAGAAGUGGUCAAAUUGGAAGGAUUCAAGAGUGAAGAAGAUAAGAAUCAACUGAUAUUUGCUCUACAAGAGAUAGUCAGUAUCGAUCAGCCUCUGCUUGUACUGUCUUCAAUUUCUUGACUUCGGCUUGGAAUGGAAACGACAAAAGAGUUAUGUCUAAAGAUACACGUAUGAACAUGCUUUAAUUAACCUGCUGUCAUUUUAACGCGUGGAUAUAUUCCAUUUCUUGCUAUACAAGAAAUCCUCGUGUAAACGGAACUUAAAUUUGGCUACGUCAAGUUUACAGAUUAAAGAUUUUUCACCAGUAUGUAUUAUUGUAAUGUACUUACUAUGAUAAAUUACUUAAAACAACAUCAAGUUGAUUUUCGC